AUGCCUGCCUAUGGCGUUCUCUUCUCCCUAGCCCUCACGGCUAGCGCCCUCACAGUUCCAAUGGGCAAUCUCUCACGCACGACCCACUCGCUUUCCGUUCGCAACGGCGGUUCUGGCGGAGGUGGCGUGAAUGGUAAUGCCAACGCACAGUUUGGUGGAAAAGCUAGUCUCGGCGGAUCGGGACAUGGUAGUGGGUCUGGAGGUGAUUCGGGACCGAAACCAUUCAGCGAGGCUGGAAAGGCGGCCGAUCAAGUUUUCGAUUCUGCUCUCGACGCUGCCAAGGGUGGGUUUUCUGCCGAGGUUGGGGGCAGUGGUAUGGCUGGUGCUGGUGCUGGUGCUCAGUCCGGAGGUGGCGGCAAAUCUGGUGCUGGUUCCCAAGGAAAGCAAGGCUCCGGAGGUAAAUCUGGCGGUGGAAUGGGUGGUGGCUUCGGUGGCAGUGGAUUCGGUGGCCAGUCUGGCGCUGGGAAGUCGGGUAGCGGCGGAUCUGGCGGUCAAUCUGGCGCUGGCGGCAUGGCCGGUGGUAAUGCGAAAGCGGGAUUCGAUGCUGGGGUCGAUGUUGCGAAGAAAUUCUUUGAUGCUGGACUCGGAGCUGCUGCUGCCGCGAAGGGUGCAUUCGAAGGAGGCAUCAACGGCGGAAUUGGCGGUGGUUCCGGAGGUAAAAGURGUUCUGGCGGACAAGGAGGCUCCGGAAGCGGAAUGAGCAGUGGUGGCCAAGGCAAGAGCGGAUCUGGUGGUCAGGGCAAGUCAGGCUCUGGCGGCAAAGGAAGCUCCGGCAGCGGAAUGGGCGGAGGUGAUCAGGGCAAGUCAGGCUCUGGCAGUCAAGGGAGCCCCAGCGGUGGAAUGAGUGGUGGCAGCCAGGGCAUGCCAGGAUCUGGCGCCAAGGUGGCCAAGGCCAAGGCAGUCCAAGCGGUCAAGGAAGCACUGGAGGUGGCAUGA